AAGACCCGCCAGCGGGGCAGCGGCCUGCCGCGCGCGGCGGCGACGGGUGCGCGGCCUUCCCUCCCCCCUCCGAAUCUAACCACCACCCACCGCCUUCGCGCGCGAAAUCCCUCCUCCCCUUUGCGCCGCCGCCAACCGCACAUCCCGGCAGGAACCUAUCCAGCUCCGCCGGGACAAUCCCCCAAGCUUUCGCGGAGCUAGCAGGAGGCGAAGCCCGGGCACCAUCCACCCAUGGGCGCCGGCGAAUAGCUCGCCGGAACCAGCGCGCGCGGCGGCGUCCCGCCCCGGCCCCCCGGGGCCUUCCUCCCCUCUCUUCUGCUCUCCCGGCAUGAUAUAUGGCCAAGCCGAGGAGGAACGCCCGCCCUGACGCGAGGCCCGACCGGAGCUAGCGUCUCCGGGCCCGGCCGUGCUCUUCGUCCGUCGGUCCCGCCGUGUUACUUGUCUUCUCCUCCGCUUUGAGAGGCUGUGGGUGUCCGAGGACGGCGGCGGUUUUUCCAACUAGCGAGUGGCCGCCGGCCUGCCAUUUUCCGCCGGGAGGCGCUCGCGUAGCCAUGGGUGGCGCGCGGUGGGGACCCCUGCUGCUCUUCCUACUCGUCGUGCUUCUCCAGGCGGACGCAUGGGGCGGCUCGGCACCGCUCAACGGAGAAGGAUUGGCUUUGCUGGAGCUGAGAGCGAGGGUGGAGGGAGAUCCCCACAGAGUCUUCGACGACUGGGAUCCCAUGGACGGCAAUCCCUGCAGCUGGUCCGGCGUCCAAUGCUCCGACGGCAAGGUGGAGAUUCUGAAUUUAACAGGUCAUGAACUGGCUGGAACUCUCGCACCUGAGAUUGGAAGCCUACAACGUCUAAGAUCACUUUUACUUCCAAAGAACAAUUUCCAUGGGCAAAUCCCCAGAGAGUUUGGAGGGUUAUCUGCCCUUGAAGUACUGGAUUUGAGUGCCAACAACUUGGAUGGAACAAUUCCAAAAGAACUAGGGACGAUGCCACUACUCAAACAGCUAUCACUUCAUAAUAAUCAGUUCCAAGAAGGCGUCUCAUCUUUCAACAUACAAGAUGGAGCUGCUAAGCAGACAUGCUGCUUGAGCAGAAAACUAGGUUGCUGGCUGGGGUCUCAGAAUUGGAUUUCUUUCAACGUCCUCCGUGAGAAAUACUGCAACAAUCUACCAAGUUUUACUGAGUCACACAUCAUGCAGAAUUUGCAGUCCUUAGCAAGCGCGAUGCACCGCAGGCUGCUUGGUGAAGCUGGCAAUCUGCCUGCUCUUUCAGGGAAUACUGACCCGGGAAAUUCAACAGGAAUCGAGAGACCUGCUGAUGUUCUAUCUCUAGGGACUGGUUCAUUUCCUGCGUUCCCAAAGCCGGAUGGCCAAAUCCUGAUGCCUUCGGUUCCAGAAUCCGUUGAGAACGUUGAUGCUGCAACACCGAAACAGGUGCCUGCCGCAGUGACCCAAUCAGCCGACAAAGAGUCAUCUGAUGCGAAGUAUGGCAUUUGGACUUAUGUCCUCAUAUUUCUAGCUGCAAUACUGCUCAUUAGCCUGAUUAUUGCGCCGAUCUUGGUCUGCCGGAAGCGAGGAGAUGGAUCGAUAGCCCCCUGGAAAACAGGGCUAAGCGGCCAACUUCGGAAGGCAUUUGUAACAGGUGUUCCAAAGCUAAACAGGCCAGAACUCGAAGCCGCUUGCGAGGAUUUCAGCAACAUCCUCAAUGCUCAACCUAGCUGUACUGUGUUCAAGGGGACAUUAUCUAGCGGGGUUGAGAUUUGUGUUGUCUCCACUUCCAUUUCAUCAAUCAAUGAGUGGUCCAAGAGUUCAGAAACGUUCUUCAGAAAAAAGAUAGAUACACUGUCAAGAGUCAACCACAAGAACUUUGUCAAUCUCCUCGGCUAUUGCAUAGAAAAUAAACCCUUCAUGAGGAUGAUGGUGUACGAGUAUGCUCCGAAUGGAACUCUUUCUGAGCAUCUUCAUCUCAAGGUGUUUGAGGAUCUCGACUGGGCCGCGAGGAUGAGGAUCAUCAUGGGCCUGGCGUAUUGCCUCCAGUACAUGCACCAUGAGCUCGAUCCGCCUGUGGCGAUAAACGAUAUACGCUCUGACGCAAUCUUUAUGACAGAUGACUAUGCUGCUAAGAUUGCUGAUGUUGGCAUGUGGAAAGAAGUCGCGGACAGAGCAAAGGCUGCAAAGCAGGACUGCAGCAGCCGCUCUGAACUUCCUCCCGAUCUGGCGGGCAGUGUCUUCUGCUUUGGCACGCUUGCGCUUGAGAUCAUAUCCGGAAAGCUUCCUGAACCAAAUGACCAUGAUCCGACCUGCAUCUGGGCUGCCGAGCAUCUCAAAGCCAAGAAUUAUGGGGAGCUCGUCGACACUGUGCUCGAGGAACACAAGGCCAACGAGCUGGAGGCCGUCUGCGAGGUGAUCGAGGAGUGCACCGACCCUGACCCGGCGCAGCGGCCAGCAAUGCGAGACGUGACGGGAAAGCUCAGGGAAGUUCUUGGCGUCUCGCCGGAGGCGGCGGCGCCACGGCUCUCGCCCCUCUGGUGGGCUGAACUCGAGUUACUGUCCAUAAAGUCGAACUAGUAGGAUUGCUGCUGCUGCAUAUGUAUACCAUUUGUUUGGGUGAGCACCAACGUGCCGUGUAACAUCAUCCCUCUUGAUCCUACGAACAGUUUCGCUGUAAACUUUUGCUGAACGCUGUGAUCAUCACCCGUACGUGCAGGGAAAAGGUUGUAAAUGACAGAUGUGAUGCAGCUAAUGUACAUGUUGAUCUUCUUUACUCAA